AUGGCCGUGGUUGAAUUCCCAAAUAUAAACACGAGAGCUUUGAAAGUAGGCGUGAAAAUUUUUAUAAAUAUAAUAAAGAAAUUAAAGAAAUUGUAUCCAGCAUAUUCAACGUAUAACAUCGCUCUUGGCUUUGGUUGGGAUGGAGACGAAUUACGUCCAUGUGACCUCUUUAAUGACCGGAAAUAUCUUCAAGCCAACCUCAAAAACCUUUUGUAA